ACUGGGAGCGAUGCGCUCCUGUUCUGGUUGCUGCCAAACAUGGCUGUCGGUGGGCCACUGGGUUCUGGACGUUUCAUCUUAACUUUGAUUUCACCCGAGUCCCGCCCGCGGAGUUGAUGAAGUGAUGCCUUACAACCCUUCGCUAUCAUUUCUUCCUUCUUCCGACUCAAGGACAGAGCUAUUUCGCUGAUUGGGCAACUGCACCCACACCAGACCGCAAGCUGACAAGACACCUCCGAGGGUGGGGCCGUACUGCUGACCAGCCCCGACCAGCACAGAGAGAACCGACAGCCACAGCCAACCAACAUGUUCCCACCAACCCAGUCUUCAACGCUGAAAGCAGUCCAUUUGCUCUGAUUCUGCUGCGAGGCUCCCCUUUGCGAGGGAGCUCUGUAAAGAAAGUCUAAACUAGUCAACUUUUAAGGAAUUCUUUUUAUAGAGAAGUUUGCAAACUAUGGAUAUGCCAAUGAAUGUUUCUUUUCAAGUCAAUGGCUCCCUUAAGUGGUAGCAAGUGGUAGCUUCUUAAAUAAUAAGUGGGGAACAGACCACUUAUUUUCUACAAAUCUUAUACCUCAAGUCAGUUAUUUGUUGGAAGCUACUGCAUUUGCAAAGUAGACACAAUGGCAGCCACAGCAACAGCGAGUCCUAUGGACUAUGUGCCUGUGAGCCAGUGGUAUCAAGACCGCUCAGUAUUUGUGACGGGUGGCACAGGAUUCAUGGGAAAAGUACUAGUGGAAAAAUUGCUCAGAUCUUGCCCCGGCAUAAAGAAUAUCUACCUUCUCAUGCGGCCGAAAAGGGGCCAGGAUAUCAGCGCAAGGCUCACCGAACUCCUUAAUGCCCCUUUAUUUGACAAGCUCAGGAAAGAACGGCCACACGAAUUGAACAAAAUAGUUCCAAUUCUUGGUGAUGUCACAGAACCAGAGCUUGGCAUUGGCCAGUCGGAUCAGAACCUUCUUAUUCGUACAGUGUCUGUUGUGUUCCAUUCAGCUGCAACAGUGAAAUUUGAUGAAGCUUUGAAACUUUCAGUCACUAUUAACAUGCUUGGAACAAAACGCCUCGUUGAACUGUGUCACAGAAUGAUGGGUUUAGAGGCACUUAUUCACGUUUCUACAGCUUACUGCAAUUGUGACCGAGAAGAAGUUGCUGAAGUCAUUUAUCCCCCACCUUAUGACCCUGAGAAAAUAAUCCAAAGUAUGGAAUGGAUGGAUGAUGAUCUUAUCGAAGCUAUCACACCAAGGUUGAUAGGAAAUCGUCCAAACACAUAUACAUUCACAAAAGCUCUUGCAGAAACUAUGCUGCUAAAAGAAAGUGGGAACCUUCCUGUAGCUAUUGUAAGGCCUUCCAUAGUUUUGUCAUCAUUUCAAGAACCAGUUGCUGGGUGGGUGGAUAACUGGAAUGGGCCAACGGGGAUAAUUGCAGCAGCAGGAAAAGGCUUCUUCCGUACCAUGUUGUGUCAUGAGAGUAAAGUUGCAGAUCUUGUUCCUGUUGAUAUGGUCAUCAACCUCAUGAUUGCUGCUGCUUGGAGGACAGCCUCCAACAGGCCAGAUGGUAUUGCAGUUUAUAACUGUGCUACUGGAAUGCAGAAUCCCAUCACAUGGAAAGAAUUUGUGGAUUACUCUUUUGUUUUUAUGCGCAAACAUCCCCUUGGGGAUCUUAUAUGGUACCCUGAUGGCCAAAUUCAUACAAACUGGAUGUUAAACAAACUUUCUGUAAUGACAUUACACAUUUUGCCUGCAUAUGUCCUUGAUGGAAUUAGCAUGCUGUUAGGAAAGAAAAGAAUAAUGGUCAGAGUACAAGCAAAACUGGAGAAAGCAGCAAAGUGUCUUGAAUACUUCUCUACUCAGCAAUGGCGCUUUUCUGAUGAUAAUGUGCGCCACCUAAAUUCAAUGCUCAGUAUUGAAGAUCGAAGUACAUUUAUGUUUGAUGUCCGUCAAAUUAAUUGGACGCAGUACCUUGAAAGUUAUGUUCUUGGUAUUCGGCAAUUCAUUUUCAAGGAGCAUCCCAGUUCAAUACCUAAAACCAGGAAACAGUUGACAAGAUUGCUUUGGCUUCAUCGCUUUUCACAACUCUUGGGAGUUGUUCUUGUGUGGAGGGCUCUCAUGUUACGUUCAACUGCAGCCCGCCGUCUGUGGUUCCUUCUUCUUGAUAUAAUGGUUCGGAUGGCAAGAAUGAUACCAUAUGUUUGACAUGGCCAGAAUGCUAACCAUGCAGUGCAUCAAAAAGUACCUGCACUUGUCAACUGUGUGAAGAAAGAAAAAUCUCACCUAAAUUCAAGUGCUUUUUGUUGUUAUAAGGCAAGGACCUAAGCAGAUUGUUAGUGAUCACUUUAGGAAUAUACUGUGGAUGCAGUGUAUUCAGUGCUCAGGGCCUGGUCAGUGCUACUUUUAGAUAAUGUAGUGCUGCUCAGCAUCGUUCAGCACUACAUUCCACACAGUACUGCAGAGCUUUAUGUGGUGCAUGUGCAAUUGUGUCCUAAGAAAUGUAUGGUGGGCAGUUAGCUAUGGUAGCUUUGUUUGAAAUUUUUUCUUGUUGUUUAUAUAUUGAUGAUAAGAUAAAGUUGCUUUUGUGAGUAUUUUGUGAGAAAUGUGCAUGCUGUCAGAGCAUCACACUUGUUAUUACACACGCUGUGUUUUAGACCAUCAGUCCAAAUCUCUGCUGUUUACUUAAACAUAUAUGGAAGUGAUUAGGGGCGAAAUUAUACUUGCUUCAUGUUUGAAGUGUGCCAACCGUCCCUUUCUGUAACAUCUCAAGUGUAUUCAUGCUUAAUGAUCAUGUUGACUUUAUCUUACUAGCUGGAUAAACAUGAAACUUGUAGAGUUCCAGCUUAUGUAUUUUUCUUGCUCUCAAGUCACAGCCUAAUGGAGUUGCAGUACUAUGUUAUUCUUAGACUGCCUAUGUUGUUAUCCCAAUGGUAGCUUUUGUGACCAUUGUUUUUCUGUAAUAUUAUUUUGAUAACAAUGCUUUAGAGCGAUGUACUGGGUAAUUGGCCAUCUAGAAAGAUGUUUUUCUCCCUUCCUUUUCAUGGUGGUUACAAUUGUGUCACAUGCUCACAUUUUUUGUGUCUGUGUUGGUGACUAAAAGCGAUGGGUGCCUGUAUGUAUUUGUUGUGUGUAUUCCAAACCUUUGUGUACUUGAGUGUGAAAUCUUGUGCAAUCAAAUUUGCUGAUCCCCAUUACUGCUCAAAUUUUGAGCAAGACUUAAGUUAAAAUUCUAAAGUUAUGAAUGUUUCCGUUCUAGUUCUCUGUGGUACUCUCAACCUCUAAUUUCAAAAAAUACAUUGCACUGUAAUUCUGUGAGUGAAAACUUCUGAAUUUCUGCUUCCCCCAUUAUUUCUCUUGCUCUUUAUUACUCCAAAACGGUUCUCAGCUUUAAAUGGAUUUAGACUGUUCCAACAUUGUGACAGCAUUAAUUUGAGUGAGAAACAAUGGAAAGCUCUAGCUCUGUCUAGCAAGUUAUAGGAUGAAGUGUUGUUAAGCUUCUGGCAUCAUCUUCUAUGUUUGUGUGUGCAAAAUGCUGUUUUAUGUUACCUUAUUUACUAUACCAUUAUAAUUAUCAGCUUAAUUAUGCCUAUCAUUUACUUGGUGAAGUAUUCAUCAAAAAGGACGUUACUUUAUUACUGUUUUUAUUUAUUUCUGAGGUGUACAUAGAUUUUCAUUGGCAUUUUUAAAAUUGUUAUAAUUUAUAUUUGAUGAGACAAAUGCAAUGAAUUAUCAAAUUUGUUUAUGGCCUUAAUCUUGUCAUUGAAGUUGAGAUAUUUUUGCACAGCUUCACUUUUCUGUUCUUUUAUAAAUAAUUCCUUUCCUCACCUACUUAGAAGAAGAAAACAAAGAAAGUUUCCAGUAGCAGUCAUCAAAAUUUAUGUUCAUGAGAAGAUUACAGUUAGUCCAAACAAGAUCCUUUGAGAAUUCAUUGUACUUCUCUUAAUCAUAAUUUUUGUCACAUACCCUUAAUCAAUGAAAAUUGGUCAUAAUUCAUUUUCUGAGAUUGGAUUUAAAAGCUGUAAGUUUAUUUUUGAUUGAUUUCAUUCAAGCAAUGGGUUCAAGGUGAUUAUUGUGUAACAGUUACUUAUCUCAACAAAAAGAAAAGGUUGUGUGUUAGCUCAUUAGCUACAUUUGUCCUUUAGGCCACUUGUUUGUUGUCAUCCAUGAUGAAUUUAUGUCCUUUAUUGCAAUAAUGCACAAGAUGCUGGACUUUUUACGUUACCUUUACACACAAUAAGAGAUAUGUUGUAAGCAACCUACUGCCAUCUGCAAUUCAUGUGAAUGUUUCAAGAAUAAGUGCAAAAGUAUUGCCAAAUUAGUGAGAGCUGUAGGAGUAAAAUUGUUGCUAUUCUGUAUUGAGUCGAAGUGGACAUCGUCUUUGGACAUUGCAUUCACAAUGAUGAAGAAAUGUUCUGGUUCUACAUUUAGAAAGUUGGUAAUGUUUCUAUAAAUAAAAUUAAAAAAAAAAAGAAUCAUUUGUUUAUAUUGCAUUGUACUUUUUACAUUAAAAAGUAUGGUAUGUUUUGUAGAAACUUAUGUAUUUACCAAGUCAGAGGUGUAAAUCAUGACCAUUUAAAGAGACAUUUAAAAGUGGCAUUUAUGAUUUCUGAAGGAGUGCUGUUGCGUUUAUUGGGCUUUUCAUUGCAUUUUAAUGCAAAGUUGCAUACUGCCAUUUCCAUUGGGAAGGACAGAGUCGGCUGGGCAUUUGUGUGCGUGUGCGCUUGUAUGUGUGCAAGGAAGAGAAUAUUUGGAUGAGUGACUCAGUGUGUUUGCAUGUAGCUAUGUCCAAUAGUGCUAGAACAAUCGUACCAUGAUACUCAAAUGUGUCAAAUUAAAACAUUUUUUUCCCCAUUCUUCAGCUAUGUUGGUGCUAUCUCCUGAAAAAAAUUAUUUUUCUUGUUGUCUAACAACUGAGUAAAGUAAACAUGCUUUGAAUUGUUAUGAUCGUUGAGCCUUUUCUUGUAGAAACUCAAAUGCUUGGUGGCGUACUGAAGGUUUGAAAUUUGGCUCUUAAAUGUUAGGGAGCUGGUACCAACUUCUUGAUGUAUUCCUUUAAUUUUCCUUAUCUAUUAUAAAUUUGUUGAUUCUUAACACCACAUAGAAACAGAGGUGGGUUAUUCCCAUGUAUCCAUUUCUGAAGUUGAAUUUUCUUGUUAUUCUUGUGAAAAAUUAGUGAGUUGUGUAACUCCUUUGAGCUCAAAUAUCAGAUAUCGUGAAAAUUAAAAUGAUUGUAGUUAAAGAGGGUGAUGUGCAAUAGUUUGUAGAUUUUGAUGAAAAUUUUGUCGCAGUUCAGUCAAUGAGUCUCACCCAGUCGAAUAUUUUUGAGGAUAAUUGAUGUAUAAAAUACAUAAAUAAUAAUUAUUAUAAUGAUAAAUAAAACAACAAAGGCAUUUCUCGCUGUUCAGCAAACACCUUCAGCAAUCAUGCUACCUAUUUCAGAGCCUUCACACUUUUUUUUAGCUGUGAUCAGAAUUGAUGAUUUUUUAAAGGUAUGAUAACAAUAAGAAUAUUUGCCAAAUGUAACCUGCGAUGAUAAUUUUGUUGUUUAAUUUUCUGUGCUGAAAUUGCUGCUCUAGUUUAAAUUUUGAUGUGGAGGGAAAAAGGAAGGCACUUUUUAAAUUGAACAUUUCUUUCUGUUUACUAUGUUCCAAGAAGAAGAAAACUUGUCUUUGCUUUCUGAAAUCUGAGCUUGAAAUGUGAAAUCAGCCUUAACUUCAGCAAUACUAAGAGAGUGACUUUAAGGUCUGUCAUGCAAUUGAAUAAUUAUUUCAAGAUAAUAAAGUUGGGUGCAACCUUGGGCUUCUUACGUUCCAACAUUUUCUCCAGAAACAUUACUUGGGAUUUUGGCAAAGGUGGACAAAGGGUACACCCUUUAAUGCCAUUGCCUCUGGAAAUGCUGUUGGUGGAGAUUCUGAAACCACAAGUGUAAUCUUAUUAUUCAAUUGCAUCUCCAGACCGAUUACUUUGUUUUUUGUUUGUUCUUUUUUUAUCCUGAGUUAAAAUUUGUAUGUAUAAUAGGAGUUUAGGUCUAGUUUCUUUUUCAUUUAAUGUAAGAGCCUUAUGCAAUCACUUGUUGCAAAAACGCAUGUCGGUAAAUAAAUAAAAGUAUGGCCAAUUUAUGGCCAUGAUAUAAACUGAAACGAGUCAA